AUGUCAGUCAGGUCACUUUUAGAAGAGGAACUUAACGAGAAAUUGAGUUUUCUUGGAGGAUUGGCUGCUGCUUUCAGAGACCAAGUUCACACUGAUAAUGAAGUCAAGCCAGGCCACAAUGGACCUUCUCUAUUUGCACAUAGAGCAUUAUUGGCAGUAAGGUCAAAGAUCUUCAAGAACAUGCUGGACACAGGUGGAUGUAAAGCUGCACCAAGUAAUACCAUAACACUCCCAGAAUUAAACCAUGAAGAGCUUGACUCUUUUCUUGAGUUCCUCUACAGUGGAGCCAUGACUGUAGGGCAAGCUUAUGAAGCAAUGAACAAUGUUGGGUUGGAAACAAGGAGGCUACUAUUGGAACAUUCAACAAACUCUGCAUUUGCCGUUCUCGACUAUCGGAUGCAAUAG